CCAUUUGCUCGAGAGUGGAAGGCUUUGCUGAACUGAUUGGGAUUCUGAUUCUUCGUCCAGAUCUUCAUUCAAAUUGUCAGAGCUCUCGGCCACCAUCCGUUACUCUGUUCUUCUUCGUCUUCAUCGUCUUCUUCUGCUCCCGAGGCUUCCUUCAAAUCGUUGCCGGCUGUCGAGUUGCCCGAGCACGACUCUUCCGCCGUUGAAAUCGAUACUUCCGAUUCUGACUCCAACUAUCCUCCCCAGAAGCUACCGGUAACUGUUCUCUCUCUCACAUAGUUGUAAAAUUUCCCGUGGUUCUUGACCUGGAUGAGACGCUAGUAUGAGUCGGCGAGCUUGCCGGCGAUAGUUCGGACACAAGCGACAGAAGGUGGGUUGAAGUGGUUUGAGCUCGAGUGUAUUUCUUCGGACAAGGGGGUUUUGAAGGAAUGCAAUGGGAAACUGAAGGUGAAUUAUGUUGCGGUUUUUGAGCGUCCGGCCGGGGUUGCAUGAGUUCUUGAAACAAGUACAUGGGUUUGCCGAUCUUGUGUUGUUUACUGCUGGACUUGAAGGUUAUGCUAGACCACUUGUUGACAGAAUAGACGUAGAGAACCUGUUCAGUUUUAGGCUUUAUCGGCCUUCAACAACCAGCACGGAAUACCGUGAGCAUGUCAAGGAUCUCUCUGGCCUAUCAAAGGAUAUGGGCCGAAUUGUUAUUGUUGACAACAACCCUUUCAGUUUCAUGUUGCAACCUUUGAAUGGAAUUCCGUGCAUUCCAUUUUCUGCUGGGCAAAUACAUGACACACAGCUUUUGGAUGUUCUUCUUCCACUGCUCAAGCACCUAUCGCUACAGAAAGACGUGAGACCUGCGCUUUAUGAGAGGUUUCACAUGCCCGAAUGGUUUCAAAAGCAGGGAAUCCCUUCAACUAGUUGGAAAUAGUAGGGUUGGCAGAUCAAGCUUGCAAUUCUCAGCAGUUAGUUUGUUCAAGGCAGUGUCAUCAUCGACUCCCACAAUUCUUCUGUACAGCAUCACUGUGUACACUGCAAAUUUGUUGAUACAAGGGUGUACUUUCACUAGAGGUCUAAGUGUUGCAUCUCACUGUCGUAUACGGAAGCCAUUAUUUAUUAUGUAGAUUUGUUUAAACCCUGAUUCUUGUGUAACUUUGUUUAUAUGGUUGCUGUUAGUUCUCUUGGAUGCCUUAGCAUUUUGUUAGAAUUUUGUGAAAUUGUUGCCAAUAAUGAUGAGUAGUUUACACAUCCCUCCUCAUCAA